ACAGGGAACUCGCUGAUGGCGCCGGUGGGGCGGUGGCAGAAGGGGAAGGACCUGACCUGGUACGCCAAGGGCAAGAAGGACACGGCCCCGCCGCUAUCCCGGGAGGAAGAGCUGGCUGCCGUCCGCCUGGCCGAGGAGGAGGCCAUGAUGGCAGCGCUGGGCUACAAGAACGUGAAGAGGCAGCCCACGGGCCUCAGCAAGGAGGACCUGGCUGAGGUUUGCAAACGGGAGGGCGCCGAGCGGGACGACAAGGACGUGGAUCGGGUGGUGGGUUUGGGCAGCUCCAGUGGCAGUGCCGGCCGGGUGAUGCUCUCCAAGGAGGACAAGGAGGCGGCCAAGAUGGGGCUCUCAGUCUUCACGCACCAGAAAGUCUCCAGCAGCCCUGAGACAUCUGGCUCCAGGAAGAAGCAGGAGAAGGAGGAGAAGGUGGAGGAGAAACGGCCAGAGAGCAACAAAAAAUCCAAAAAGGAGAAAAAGAAGAAGAAAAAGAAGAAACAUAAGAAAGAGAAGAAGAAGGACAAGGACAAGCAUCCCAAGAGAGACACUGCCCCCUCGUCCUCCGAUUCUUCUCCGGAUCAGGAAAAGAGGCACCACCGGAGGAAAGCACAGCAGCACUCGGAGACAUCGCGGCACGGCAGCCGGCGCCGGCACGACACGGAUUCCUCCGGGAGCAGCGCGGAUUCCAGGCGGAAGCGGAGCCGGAGCAGGGACAGGGACAGCCGCGGCCACCACCCAUCCCCGCGGCGCAGGGGCAGGAAGAGGAGCAGGAGCAGGACCCCCCCGUCCCGUGGGGUCAGGCAGCGCCACGACACCGACUCGGACUGAGGGGGAGCCCGGGAUCCUUCCAGGGAGAUCCCACAGAGCAGUUCUGUUUUUGGAGGUGGAUCCAUGAAAAAAGCUGCAGCUCUGCAGGCCCAGAGUCUGGCAAAGGGCAUUAAGGUUGUGAUGCCAACAGCCCCUGCCCACCCCUGGGGGUAGCAGGUGCCCAGGCCCCUUCCUCCUCAUCCCUGGAUCCCUCAACCCAUCCAGGCAGGAUUUAGCACGGAUGCUGUGGGGCGAGGGCUGGUGCUGGGAUGGUUCCAGCUGUGGUGCUGGAAAUGCUGUGGAUACCUCGUGUUUAUGUACAGAAAUUUUGGAAGAGAUGAUUAUUAUUAUUAUUAUU